ACUGAUCCAACUGAGAAGGGAGAUAGCUCCUCUCCACUCCUCUCCAACUUCACCAAUUGGCAACUUUCCCCACAAAGCUGGUAACUCUUUUUCUUUCCACUUUCCCACACUUUCUCACACAAUCUUCUCACCAGCCAAACAUUCCGUAAACUCCACUAAAUCAUGGCCGGUAUAGACUCCUCCUUCGAUUUCGAACAAUCCUCCUCCAGUCACCGCCCGCCACGCCACCCCACGCCCUUUAGCUCCAGCUCCUUCACCCCGGUCAGCUCCAACUCCCAGUUUAACCAAAGCCGAACCCCUGGCAGCCGGAGGUCCCGCCACACCACGCCCCCCACGACUCCAUUUGCCGCAGACAACGACAAGUCGUGGCAAGGCGAGAUUUCGUGGCAGUUUGAGCCAACCGGGUGGAGCGACACGCGAAAUUUGGGCUCAGUUUUGAGCCCAUGGGCCACGGCAAGCACAACCUCCGAGGCCCACAUAGUUCGCCGCUCCGCCAAUUACUACUACCUCUCAAGAACUAGCAGACGCGCUGCCAGGAAUAACCCAAAUUACAAUUCUGUCCCUGAUGGCAGGCUUGAGCUUCAAAGCUAUGUUGCUCCUCCUAGGGUUAAUAAUGGGAAUGGCAACAUUAAUUUGAAUAAUAAUAGUGAGAGAUCUUUAAUUUUUGCAAAUAGUAGCUAUGGUACACAACAUAAAAAGCCCCCAAGAUUGGAAAAAAUAAAGGAGUUGGGAAGUGGGAAUUAUAGCGGAAGUGGUCCAUUAGCUAGAAAAGAUGUGCUCGGUCUGAUCGACUAUGAUCAUCCACCAAACCGGGCAGAAGAUGACGCAUCCGAAGUUUUGGGUCAUGGGAUGUCACAUAAUUUGGGUCAUGACCUUGGUGGUCAUUUUUACGAUCAUGGCCAUCACAGUCACCAUGGUACGUCAAAAAUUAUAGGACACGAUGACUAUGGUCGCGGGUCGUCACAUGUGGGACAUACUCAUCAUCUUCACGGUUAUGAUGAUCAUGCAUGGCGAUCAACAGUCUCUGGCCAACAUAACGGCGGCGUUGAUGGGUAUGCCGAUAGCGAUCAAGGUUCGGGUUACGAUGAAGAGGAUGAUGAAGAAGAAGAUGCCGUGCCACCAAAGCAAGUAGGUUUGCUCAGCUUGUUCAAGUAUUCAACAAAGUGGGAUAUGGUUCUUGUGUUUCUGGGAUGCAUUGGUGCUCUUAUUAAUGGAGGGUCUCUUCCAUGGUACUCGUUUCUUUUCGGAACGUUUGUGAACAAGAUUGCUAUUGAAUCAAAGUACGCUGACAAGACUCAGAUGAUGGAUGAUAUCGAAACGAUAGCCCUGGAUAUGGUUGGAUUAGCAGCAAUAGUUGUAGUUGGAGCAUACAUGGAGAUUACCUGUUGGAGAAUGGUAGGGGAGAGAUCUGCUCAAAGAAUAAGAAGAGAAUAUCUAAGAGCAGUUCUACGGCAGGACAUUAGCUUUUUCGACACAGAGAUCGCCGCCGGCGACAUUAUGCAUGGAAUUUCUAGUGAUGUUGCUCAAAUCCAAGAAGUUAUGGGGGAGAAGAUGGCACAUUUCAUUCACCACAUAUGUACUUUCAUAUGUGGAUACACCGUUGGAUUUCUGAAGUCAUGGAAGAUCUCUCUGGUAGUCCUCUCAGUCAUACCACUGAUGAUGUUCUGUGGUAUCGCUUACAAAGCGGUUUAUGUUGGCCUCGCUACGAAAGAAGAGGUUUCUUACCGUAAAGCUGGUAAUGUAGCCGAGCAAGCGAUCAGUUCAAUCAGAACUGUGUUUUCCUUUGUUGCAGAGGAUCUUCUGGCUGAAAGAUACGCAGAUUUAUUGAACAAAUUGGUGCCUUUUGGAGCAAGGAUCGGCUUCGCUAAGGGUGCUGGAGUGGGAGUUAUCUAUCUGGUUUCGUAUUCAACAUGGGCGUUGGCUUUCUGGUAUGGUAGUAUUUUGGUUUCUAAGGGAGAGAUCUCUGGAGGCGCCGCCAUUGCUUGUUUCUUCGGCGUCAAUGUUGGGGGAAGGGGCUUGGCGUUGUCCCUAUCAUACUUCGCUCAGUUUUCACAAGGCACAGUAGCAGCGGGCCGGGUAUUUGAAAUUAUAGACAGAGUUCCGGAGAUAGACCCCUACAGCUCAGUAGGCAGGACCCUGCCGAGUACUCGAGGAAGGAUUGAAUUUAAAGGCGUUUCUUUCUCAUACCCAUCUCGUAUGGAUGCUCCGAUUCUUCAUUCCCUGAGUCUGGUUAUCCCAUCUUCGAAGAGUGUAGCACUUGUUGGCGCUAGCGGAGGUGGAAAGUCCACCAUUUUCGCUCUUAUAGAGAGGUUCUAUGACCCUAACCAAGGUACAAUCACAUUGGAUGGUCAUGAUUUAAGGAUGCUUCAGGUGAAAUGGCUAAGAGAUCAGAUAGGUAUGGUCGGCCAGGAGCCCGUACUCUUUGCCACAAGUAUAUUAGAAAAUGUGUUAAUGGGGAAGGAGAAUGCCACCAAGAAGGAAGCGAUUUCCGCCUGCAUUGCUGCCAAUGCCAACAGCUUCAUUUCUGGCCUUCCACAAGGCUAUGACACUCAGGUUGGAGACAGAGGAACACUGCUGUCAGGAGGUCAGAAGCAAAGAAUCGCAUUGGCUCGAGCGAUGAUCAAAGACCCUAGAAUCCUUCUCUUGGAUGAACCUACCAGCGCCUUAGACCCUGAAUCCGAGGCUGCAGUCCAAAAGGCUAUUGACAAGAUCUCCUCAGGCCGAACAUCGAUUGUAAUUGCUCACAGGCUAUCGACAGUAAGAAAUUCUCACACCAUCGUUGUUCUUGACUCUGGCUCUGUGGUUGAGAUUGGUAAUCAUCGCCAGCUCAUGGAAAAAGCAGGUGCCUACUAUAGCCUUGUUGAGCUUGCCGCUGAUGGUGUAACAAAACCUUUGUUGAAACAAAAUGAUAAUCAGAAAGUUACUCAGUUUUCAGUGUCUGAUAUGCAUGAUUUGUCAAGAUCGCCAUUCGCUCAAGAGAAAAGCCAAGUAGAGGAGAAAGAUGUCCAAAAACAAAAACCAAAAAAGGUUAAACUUUUGGAUAUAUGGUUGUUACAAAGACCAGAGGUUCCAAUGCUCUUAGUAGGGUUCUUCUUGGGUAUGAAUGGAGGUGCAAUUUUGUCUAUCUUUCCUUUUAUUCUCGGCCUAGCCCUUGAAAUAUAUUUCGAUAAUGACCCAUCAAAAAUUAACAAAAAAAUUGACCCUCUUUGUUUAGCACUUGUUGGGCUUGGCCUUGGGAACAUACUCUUAAUGACAGGACAACAAGGGUUGUGUGGCUGGGCUGGAACAAAACUCACAUUGAGAGUGCGAAACCUCCUGUUUCGUUCCAUACUAAAACAAGAGCCUGGUUGGUUUGACUCCGAAGAAAAUUCGAAAUCAGUUCUGGUCUCGAGGCUCUCAGUUGAUUCUGUCAGUUUUCGUUCAGUCCAUAUUGAUCGAUUAUCAGUCUUGUUGAUGGGUUUGAGUUCAGCCAUCGUGGGACUUGGUUUGUCCCUUUGGAUUAAUAGGUGGCUAACUCUUUUGGCAGCUGCUCUCACUCCUUUGACUCUCGGUGCAAGUUACUUGAGCUUGAUCAUAAAUUUAGGGCCAAAACUCGACAAUGAUGCUUAUGCGAAAGCGAGCAACAUUGCUUCUGGUGCUGUUUCAAACAUAAGGACAGUCACAACAUUUUCUGCUCAGCAACAGUUGGUUAAGUCCUUCGAAAGAGCUUUAUUGGGGCCAAAGAGAAAAUCAGUUAAGAGGUCACAAAUCAUGGGCCUAACACUAGGGUUUUCUCAAGGUGUUAUGUAUGGAGCAUACACCUUAACCCUUUGGUUUGGUGGUUACCUUGUGAAAGAAGGCAAAGCAAGCUUCGGCGAUGUGUAUCAAAUUUUUCUUAUCCUUGUUUUGAGUUCGUUUUCUGUUGGACAAUUAGCCGGUCUUGCACCAGACACAUCCAUGGCUUCAAUAGCAAUUCCAGCAGUUUUCGAUAUCAUUACUCGCAAGCCAUUAAUCAGCAGCAGCAGCAGCAGAGAAAAAGAAAGGAAGCUUGACCGGUCGAAACCAUUGGACAUUCAAUUCAAAAUGGUGACAUUCGCCUACCCUUCUAGGCCAGAUGUGACCGUGCUGAGUGACUUUUGCUUGAAGGUCAAAGGCGGUAGCACGGUGGCAUUGGCGGGCGGAAGCGGGUCCGGGAAAUCGACGGUGAUAUGGUUAAUACAGAGGUUUUAUGAUCCAAUUCAAGGGAAGGUGCUGAUGGGAGGGGUGGAUUUGAGGGAGAUAAAUCUGAAGUGGUUGAGAAGGCAAAUAGCUCUAGUGGGUCAAGAGCCUACAUUGUUUGCAGGCACUAUGAGAGAGAAUAUUGCUUUUGGAAACCCUAAUGCUUCAUGGUCUGAAAUUGAAGACGCUGCAAGGGAAGCUUAUAUCCACAACUUCAUUAGUAGCCUCCCUCAAGGCUAUGAAACUCAGGUUGGUGAGAGUGGGACCCAGCUAUCUGGGGGCCAGAAGCAAAGGAUUGCCAUAGCAAGGGCUAUACUGAAGAAAUCAAAGGUACUACUUCUAGACGAAGCAAGUAGUGCACUGGAUUUGGAAUCAGAGAGGCACAUACAAGAGGCACUUAAGAAGAUCAGCAAAAGGGCUACAACCAUCAUAGUGGCUCACCGACUUUCGACAAUCCGAGAGGCCGAUAUGAUAGCGGUGAUGAGCAACGGUGCCAUCACAGAAUAUGGGAGCCAUGAUGCACUUAUGGCCUCUCACCUUAACGGUGUGUACGCUAGCUUGGUGCGUGCAGAAACUGAAGCCAAUGCGUUUUGAUUACAGUAUGUAACUUGUAAGCUACCCUUGGAACUUUUGUGAUGGAGAAGAUUGAUUAGCAUGCUUGUAGUUAUAGAGAAGUAGCCAAUCCAUAUUAAUAUUUAUUUGGUCCACACUCUCAUUACUUUUUGUGAUGUUAUACGGUUUGUAAUUGAUGUACCAACGUACAUUCAAUGACCCAAAUGGUAGGGUUUAAACUUUUUUGUU